AUGACGGCUGCGCUCGUUCCAUCUCGCUCCACACGCGUAAAAUGGAAGGCAGAGGCGCCGAAGUAUAUUGGCGCUGGCGUGUAUAUCUGCAGCCAGCCUUUUCUAUUGUACACCAACAUGCUCUCUAGCUACGAAACAUUCGACUCCGCUCGCUCCUCGCCCUACCCCUAUGCGAUGCUCAACGACCUCAACGAGAGACGACCCGCGACGGCCAUCCUCGCUAGCCCCGCACGCGCUAUCACUAGGCAAUGA